UUUUUCCCGCGACGUUAUCUUGGACUGGUGACCUGCAUCCAGGGUCUGGCGAACAUCUAUGAAGCAUUCUCGCGCUGUCUGACCGGUCUCACCGAGUAUUCGCGGUAUCGGCUGAUUGAAUGUGCCACAACACAAAUUGGAGAAACACUGAGCUACUACUCCAUGCUCAAUACUCAUCGAGCUGGUAUGUUUUCUAAGUUACUUCUUCUGGAUGAGCCAAAUGCUUCAGUGUUUGCAACUUUACUGAAUUCAUUGUAUAAUUGUAUGAAACACUUUGAAGCAUAA